AUGGGGUUAUGGCUGUUGAUUACUGUGUCAUUGAUAGUGAACAUAAACGCCGAUAACGAUUGUAAACUGACUUAUGUAAGCAACAAAUUGUAAGUGGUUUUACUGGGGUAUAAAGGCAGUUUUAGCUUAUAUAAACAUAAAAUUGUAAUUGGUUUUACUGCAGUGUAAAGAAAUUUAUUUUACUGUGCUGUAAAGAAAGUUUUUCUAUUUUUGGGUGAUUUUAUUUGCUCAAAAGGUUCAUACCUUCUGGAUUUCGAAGUUAUUUUCAAAAUAAUUUAAUGCCACUUUUUCAGACGUGUCAGCAACGCAAAAUGUCGCGAGUUCAACAUUCAUACAACCAUGGAUCGAACCAAUAAUUUUGGUUUUUUUGUCAGUGGAAUAUUGCGACCAAAGCAUGAUACCAAGUAUGUUUUCUGAGGGGUAAAUACGGGAUGUGCUGACAGUAUGUUAAAGUGGAAAGGGGCAGGCUUUAAAUGGUAGCCAAGACUUGGAAAGUAAGCCUGGGUCUUAAAAUGGAAAAUUUAGUUUUUUGGUUUAGUUACUGUUAAUGUUUUGUGGUUUUUUUAUGGGUACAACUGGUUGCAACUAUCAAUAAAUGAUUUUAAAAAGUCAAUUCAAAACUAUUUUUUUUUCAUUUGUAAGUUCUAAAGCGUAAUACUGUACUCUUUCUAUGUAAGCAACCCGAAGGGACCGACAUUUUAUGUUUCUUGUAGGGGGUGUUGUCUUUACAGAGUAAUUUUUAGUGCAAGUUGAUUUGGCGGGGCCAGUGUUUUGUCCGGACGGGUCCAUAGCGUUUUUCAUCGGUCCGGUCCAGCGAUUUUUGGGUCCGGUCCAAACUUCAAGUUUUUGGUCCGGUUUGGCAACACACUGGGCGGGCUAAAUUUCUUGUUUACUUUAAGGAGAGUAGCUUAUAUAGAGAGUUCACUAUAUAUAUAUAGAGACCAUUCUACAUGUCCUUAAACGGGACAGGCUGGGCCAAAGAUUUUUUUAACUAGGCCGACCUGAGAAACAAAAUCUAAAAGAGCCUGGAUUAGACGCGUGGAGCUUGGGCCUAGGCCGGACUUAUCCUACUCUACCUUACUCUAUUUACUCGACGCCACUAUAGUCUACCUUAUCCUACACAACCCUACUUUAAAAAGAGAGAGAAAGAGACGAGAGAGGGAAAAAGAAGGAGAGAUAGAUAACAUAACUUGUUCAGUUUUGAAAUUUAAAAAUAUGGUCAAAAGUAUUAUACAUAUUAAAAAUGACAUUCCUGUCCUUUUUCAGUGUGACAUUUUCAUUUGGAAACCAGAACUGUACGGCUUUACAUAUUAGACAUGCCUCAAAUGACCAUGGAUCUUCUAUUUGGGUGUCUGGUGGUGGUGAGUUUAUUUUAAACCUUGAAAACAAAUCAUAUAGUAGGUGGUAUUAGCUUAAUAUGCUGUUUUCUUACAAAAAAAUCUACUGUAACAUACAAAAAUUGAUGUUAUAGUAGACCUUAUAAGCUUAAUAUACCCUUAAUUAGUCCAAUACCAGCCUAAUAUAACUUAAAUUCUAGAAAACAAUGUCACCACAACGACGGAAGUUAAAGUAGAAAAGGUGGAGGUCAGAUUUAUUACCGAAUCUUUGGUCGAAGUCACUGCUCCAGGCCAAGGAAGCCCGUUGAGGUAUAAUGUACCAUGUGGACUACACGAGACGAUUGAAGGGCUUUCGAGAACGGUAGCUGUCCAGGUCGUAUACGGUGGAGAAGAUAAGACGAAUCCAGUCAUCGUCGAGUUUGUAAGUGGAUUUUAUACUGUAGAUUGCGGCAAAGUACUAUAGGUUAUAGUAGGUAUGCGUAGGGUACAGUAGCUUGGGGUCGGGCAUGGAAGGGCUUUGAAAGAUGCGGUAGAGUACUUAAGGGCACGGUAGGUUAGUGUGAGUUACGGUAGAUUACUGUAGUUUAGUUUAAAGUACUUUAUGUUCUGGUAGAGUACUGUUUGUUAAGGUAAAGGGUACAGUAGUUUGGGGUAAUGUAUGGUAGAAUACCGUAAGUUACGGUCGGUUACUAGGAGUCUUGUUAGAUUACUGUAGAUUACGCUAGGUAAGCGUAGGGUACAGUAGCUCGGGUUAUGGUGUGGUAGGGCACUAAAGGUUACGAUAGGGUACUGUAGAUUAAAAUAUGUUUUAUGUUUUUGUAAGGUACCGUAGGUUACGGUAGAGUAUUGUAUGUUACAGUAGGUUUUGGUAGGAUACAGUAGCUAGGGGUGUGGUAUGGUAAGAAAUUAAAGGUUACCGUAGAGCACUGUGGGUUAUUCUAGAGUACUGUAAAUUAAGUUAGAGUACUGUAAGUUAUGGUAGGGUAGUGAAGAGAUUUUUUGUAGUUUGCCGGUAUCUCAAGCAUUUCGGUGAUCAACGCUGAAGACCAUUCGAAACACAAAGCAGGCCAUCACAUCAGAAAAGCGAAAUAUUACGCAUCAGAGAACACCGAUUCUUGGCAGUAUCCCCUCAUCUAUCUUGCUGCUCUAUUGUAAGUUUAAUUCUUUACGUACUAUUGUGCACUAUAUCUGGGGCUUGAUUUGUGCUUUUGAUCUAUAAAAGUUUUUACGUACCAUAUAGCAUCAGAUAAUUUUGACGUACUAUGCAUGGACUGUGCUGUUUUUUUUAAGCAUUUAGUACUAAAAGGCAAUACCGUGCAACAUAGUACGAAAUAAACUGCAUGUACUAUAGAUUAUUUUACGUUCUAUAUAGUAGUAUUGGCCUUUCUUGGUACUAUGUAGUACUGAAGAGAGAUUUUGCGUAUUUUAUAGUAUUACACAGUUUUUUCAUACUAUACAGUACUGUCGACUUUUAUUAGUACUAUAUAGUACCAAACUAUUGUUUUUGUACUAUAUAGUACUAGCGGUUUUUCUAUUAUAAAUACGAUAUAGUACCACUCAAAUUGCUUCGUGUUAUAUAGUAAUAUUGACUUUCCUUCGUACUAUAUAGUACUGAUGAGAGAUUAUGAUUACUGUACAGUGUUGCAUAUUACCUUGAUACUAUGGUUACAAAAAAAAGGUUUAUAAAAUAAUGAUGGACAUUUUUCAGCUGUCUCAUGAUCUGUUUGGGCUGUACGAUCGGAUUGUACUAUAGGAAACGAAUGUGGACGGUAAGUUUUAGGCUUUGAAAUAUAAAAAGCUAUGUUCAGAGUCAUUAUUAUAUACCAAAAAGACAUUUUAAAAAUUUCCAGACCGAAAGAAUGAAGCAAGCGGAAGAAGAGGCCAAAAACAAUCAAAACCCACAACAACAACAACCAAAGUCGACCAAGGAAUCGACCAAAAAGCCGCCGGAAAAGGAAAAGUCGGAAGAAUCCUCGAAGAAGUCACGGUCAAAGGAAGAAAUCAGCGGCAGUAAAUCCAGGAAAGGAUCGAGAGAAAGUGUCAAUUCGAAAAGUACCCAAUCUUCGGAGUCCACGGCCAAUGAACCGAAGAGUGGCGACUCCAAAGCUCGAAGAUAA